AAAUGUCAAUCUCUAUACUGCCGUCUGUCUGCCUGCUGUUGCUAUUCAUGUAAUUUUUUACUAUCGUAUGAAAUAUUACAAAAUGCAAGUGUGAAGUGAAAUCUAAAAUUUUUAUAGAUCUAGACUUCAAAAUACAUUCAUUGUAUUAUAUUGAUAGAACGCUUAACGACUCUUUUGCUAUACGUUUUGAUUGCGAGUUAGUUCAUUUCCUUUUAAAAGAUCCACAGCACUUGUACAGUACAGUACAGAACGGAUUCAACAUUACGAACCAUGUCUGACGAUGCAGAGCAGCAAACUGAAGAAAUUGAAGUGUUGAAAUCAAUAUAUGAAGGAGAUGAAAACUUCAAACAAGUGGAUGCUACAACUUAUCAAUAUAAGUAUACUGAAGGUGAGAAGUCAUUUCUAUUGGAAAUAAAAUGGGGCCCAACAUACCCAACUGAUAAACCAAGCUUUAAUUUGGAUAUAUUCUAUAAUCAAUAUUUAUUACCAUCUGUCAAAGAAAAGAUAUUAAGUAUAGUAGACGCAGAAGCGGAACAGUGGCUUGGAUGUGCAAUGACAUAUACUUUAUUUGAAUGUUUGAAGGAGAAAGUAACAGAAAUACUCGCAGAGCAAACUGAAGAGGUAGUGGUGUCUAGCAGAGUGGAGAAGAUAGUUUUAGAUGACCAGACCGAAGUCUCAAAGAAACCAGAGAAAAAGGAGCAUUUAACGAAGGCGCAAAAGCGAAGAGCGUGGGACAAGGCGGAGAUAGGCAGGGCAGGGGAGAAGCCACGCGGGUGGGACUGGGUUGACAUUGUUAAACAUUUAUCUCAAGUGCCCCACCAGCCUGCCUCAUGACACUCGACCACGUAACUGCGAUGCCAUUCCUCACGCUGGCUCUGAAUGGUGCUCUUAUAAAUACAUGUGUUUAUAGCUAAA